AUGACAACUGAGCCAUUCUUAGGAAUCCUACAAGUCAACACCACGUUCCACAGACCAUUAGGCGAUGUUGCCAACCCAGGAACUUGGAACAUACCAAUAAAGAUCAAAAUUGUCGACAAGGCAGUAGGUGAUGAAGUUGUCAAGUCUUCAAAAAACUAUAACCAAAGUUUUGUUGACUUGUGGGUGGAGGCUGCUCAAGAAUUGGUCAAGGAUGGUGCAAUUGCUCUGAUCACAUCAUGUGGAUUCCUAGCUACUCUACAUCCUAUCCUACAGGCAAAGAUUGGUGUUCCUGUUGGAACUUCUGCCCUGUUACAGAUCCCUAUUGCCCAGGCUUUGAUCCCACCGGGGAAACAGUUGGGUAUUGUUACAUUUGAUGCUGAUAAUUUGGGGAAAGAGCAUUUGAAAGCUGUUGGUGUUGAUUACGAUGUUCCUAUUGCUGGUGUUAAACGUGGUGGUGAAUUUCAACAAAUUUUAAGAGAGGGAAAAGAGUACAACUUUAAAGAUAUUGAAAAGGAGGUUUUGGAUGCUGUUGAUCAGCUAUUGAAGGAACACGAUGGUAUUGGAGGAAUCGUUUUGGAAUGUACCAAUAUCCCACCAUUUAAAAAUGCCAUCUACAAGAAAACAGGUUUGCCUAUUUGGGAUAUUAUAACUUUGGGGAACUACUUGUACGAGGUUGCAUUACCAAAAGAUUAUAGUGUUUAA